AUGGCAAGUUUCGAAUGCAACAUCUGCUUAGAGCAAGCUGUGGAGCCGGUGGUCACUCGCUGUGGUCACUUGUUCUGUUGGGGAUGUCUUCAUCAGUGGUUGAACUCAACAGCAGCCAGCCAAGCUAGCCGUGCAGGGCAACUGAAUUCCGGCAUGAGCGGCAUGCAAACGGUCGGUUCCGCUUGCCCUAUCUGCAAGGCCUCCGUCACCAUCCAGAAUGUGAUUCCCGUGUAUACGCGUGGGAGCCAGACGGAUCCUCGCAACUCGUAUCCCAAUUUGCCUGCACGGCCGCCCGGCGAACGCCCAGAGCCGGAGCCCGCAUCGGUGCUGGCCCUGCAGGCUUUUCAACACGGAGGAACUCCGGAGUCCUACGGCUUUACAGCUGGACAGGGCUUCUAUCCAGUGAUCUUUGGUCUCAACUGGCAGGGGGCAUCUCUGCUUGAAGGACCAUCAUCCUCGAAGCGCUUUUCGUUCUCGAUACUAGGCCUGUCUUUGCUGUACUUCCUGGUCUUUGCUCCUGGAGAGGAGGACGUGGGUGGCCUCAUGUCAGCCUCGGACGCAGCGGCAAGGCUUGUUGCUGUUGCCGGCAGCUUGCGGCUCAGGCCUGCCUGGCUUGAUCAGCAACGAGACCAGAUAGGGAGCAACUUGUCAGUUGAACAGGCUGCAGACAGAUUGCUGCAGCGCCUCGCCGUCGCAGACUUGCGAGAUGCCUGCGAUGGUUCGUUGCCGCCCCAUCUUGACCGACUGCAUGAUAUUCGUGUUGAGGGCCAGCACCUCUUGCAGAUGUUGCAGAAGGUGGACAUUGCAAAUCCAUCGGCUCCGGAUGAUUCAGUGGAGGGGGACUUUCAGGAUGGGCUGUCCGAGGAAGUUUCCCGAAGACAAGGUGGCAGACAAAGACCGGUACUCUUGAAGGUGUUGUUGACAGAUGGCAUUCAGGCUGUCUGUGGCAUCGAGCGGCGGCCGAUUGCUGCUUUGCGACAGGCCAUUCCCGGAUCCAAGCUGGUCCUGGGCAACAGACCUCUGCUGAGACGGGGUCUGCUGCUCCUCGAACCUACAAAUGUGGAAGCUCUCUGUUCGCUUGCGCAGGCGGGUGCUGUGGAGGCAUCGGAGACCGCCGCGAGCUCCUCCGGCCAUGAUGUCGCCCCUCAGAGGCCCGUCAAAGAGCCAUCGCAGCUGCUACUUGAAGAGGCUUCCGCGGGUGCAGGCUUGUUGGAAGAUGUUACAGUGCAGCGAUUCAUCAUGUUUCAGUUUGGCGCAGGCAACGUCAGUCGAGCGGAGGGCAAGGUCAUCCGCUGCUACGUUGCCCGAGCCGGCCCGGAUGCAGGAAGAGCGGGUCUGUGGCUCCAGUUGUGCGAUGGCGAAGGAUUUUGCGAAGCGCUUCUGCAACCGCCUGCGCUGCAGCAAACGCUGGGCGCAGGAGACUUGGACAGCCUGUUGGGCCGAGCUCGACAGCUCCACGGCUUUUUCCGACUCGUGCAGCAAGGCCAGAGUGGAGCGCUGCCUUCUGCAGGCGACACCUUUCAGAUCGAGUCUUUCCGUCUUGGCCCUUCCAAGCAGGACCUGGAGCAACAACUGGAGCGCAUGGUGGCGGGUGCUGUGGAGGCAUCGGAGACCGCCGCGAGUCGAAGCCCCUCGGCAGAAGAGUUGGAAAAGCGACUGACUGAUAGCGUGACGCUGGCGUACUACAUAGAUCCAGAGAGCGUGGAGCAGCAGGAGCAGACCCAGGAAGUUUUCCAGAAGCUGCUCAAGGCUUCAUCCCAGAAACUUGCCGCUGGACAGAGAACUAGACUGCAGUGGAACAAUGGCAGCGUUUGCUGCCUCAUGGACGAGCAGGCUAGACUUCUAUACUGUGUUGUCACAUCGCUAUUGACAUACCCCGAGCGACAAGCUUAUCAGCUCCUGUACGAUUUCCGCGGGUUGGUCGAAAGAGAUGACGCCAACCUGGACGAAGCUGAGAAGCACGCGCUGAACGACAAGCUGGCAGACCAGAUGAGGGAUCUGGUGAAAAAGUACGAGGGAUUUCAGGACCCCAGCAAGCUGUCCUCAACCAACACUCCCUCUGUCAUGGACACCUCUUCCGCGCCGCUGCAUCAUCAAGACGAGAGAGAUCUGCGACAGGCAGAGAGCAAAAAGUGGAUCUUCGUCGCGUUGCUGGUUCUGGUCAUUGUGCUCUUUCUGAUGUGGCUCUUCGGGGUCUUUGGGAAGGGCAAAGAGGAGACAUUGAAAACGACGGCGGUUACACACCUGAAAGCAAUCCUGAUGUGA